CGCACGGCCGGAUGUGGAAGUUGGGCGGCUUGGCUGCAGCGCUCAUCUGUCGAAUGAAGGGUCGGUUUUACUAUGCGGUGCGGGCAGGGAGGAACCCCGGGGUGUAUGAGACUUGGGAUGAAUGUAAAAAGCAAGUUGACAGAUUUCCUAAUGCCAUUUUCAAGAAGUUUGCAACAGAAGAUGAUGCAUGGGCUUUUGUAGGUACUGAAGCUAUAAAUUCACAAACUGCAUCAUCAGAAUGUGGUGGCCAAAGGAAGUCUGCUGAUGAGUCUGAACAACAGAACUGUGGUGGGCUUAAACAUUUGCUUGAUUUGUCUGAUGAUGAUGAUGACGACGACGACAAUGAGGAUGAGCCAUGCAGCAAAAGGUUCAAAAGUACAAAACCGUUCAUUGACUCAGAACAUAAAUUCACAUAUAUGGGAGAUGCUGUUGCGGUUUAUACUGAUGGCUGCUGUACAAGUAACGGAAAGAAACAAUCUCGAGCAGGAAUCGGUGUGUACUGGGGGCCUGGUCACUCCCUAAAUUUGAGUGAACGACUUUCAGGAAGACAAACCAAUCAAAGAGCAGAAAUAGUUGCUGCUUGUCGGGCAAUUGAACAGGCAAAGGAACUCAAUAUUGAAAAGCUGGUUAUUUUCACUGACAGCAUGUUUACAAUUAAUGGUAUUACAAAAUGGAUUAAAUCCUGGAAGUCUAAUGGUUGGAAGCUUAGUUCAGGAGGAUCUGUAAUCAACAAACAGGACUUCAAACGGCUUGACAAAUUGACUUCUGGUAUCAAUAUCGAAUGGAUGCAUGUGCCAGGUCAUGCUGGUUUCACAGGAAAUGAAGCAGCAGACAGUCUUGCAAAAGACGGCGCAUCUAAACCACUAUGCUGAUGAUCACACUCAAGAAUGCACUAUCCAGAGUACCAUCCUACAAAGCAUGUGUGUGUAUCAAAUGUUUACCAAGCAAAGUUAAUUUAAUUGUUUUAUUUCGGUAAAGCUUCAUAUUGCUGACAGUUGUUUAACCAUGCACUCGUGCAGUCUUUGGCCUACUGUUCCAUCCUGAGUUGACAGUUCGUAUUUGUUGUAUCUACUGGCCAUGAUUUUCAAACAGUUGGUUCAAAUUCUAGAUUACAUAUCUGAAUUUACAAUAUCCACUGCUAUCAUAGCGAUUUCUUGCUAAUAAAAUGUAUUGAUAGAAAUAUGAAGGUUGAUUUUAAAUCAGCAUAACAAAUUUAUUUUUCAUUCUCUCUGGACUGCAUGUCUGUAUUUGGGUGUUCUUUGAUUUUCUGAGACGCUUGCUGUUUAUUUGAGGUAAGUAACAACUAAUAAAAGUUUUACCUCCUUGAUCCCCUUGGUGCCUGCAUAAUAAAUGUUUCCAUGACGGCAUCACAUCUGGGAUUUGAUCCUUUUAUCAUAAUACAUUGUAAUAGUGUGUCAAGUGUGUUAGACAAAGGUGCUCUAAAAGAAAAAGGUAUGCAUUAUUAAUUUUUGUGCAUUGACUUGAACAGUUAAUGAGCAAUUUCUAACAUCUGGAUUGGUGUACAGUCAUUUUAGUCUUAAUGUAAAUUGGACUCAACUUUUUAAUGCCCAUUUGCAUUGACCAUUUUAGUGCAGGAGUGCCUCUGUACAUUAUCAAUUCACACAAGGUGAUUGCAAGAUGUUUAAUUUCAAGAUGGCGCAGCUGACCAGAACAAGACUGUCAGUUUAUGCAUAUGAUUGUUUUGUAAAACAAAGAUUACACUGAAUAAAUUCUGUUCUAGUUUUGUACAUACA